CAUAUUGCAAUUCAGGCUCCUAGAAACUCUGGCUCAGCCUUCUUCAAUUACAAAAAGUUUCAUUCCAUUGUGCUGAUGGCAAUGUGUGAUGCCCAUUAUCAGUUUGUGUAUAUUGAUGUUGGAGAAUCUGGCCGGUGGAGUGACUCUGGAGUCUUCGAAAAUACAACAUUUGGAUCAGCAUUCCUAAAUGGUAUGCACAUGUAAUUGAUCUUAAAAUGCAAAACAUAUAUAUUUUGUAUAUAUACAUAAAGUGCAAUUUUUUAAAGGAAAAGUCCAGUUACCAGACCCAAGACCUCUGAUAAAUGAUGGCAAGAAGAUGCCAUAUUGUAUUGUUGGGGAUGAGGCUUUUCCAUUGAAGACAUGGAUUAUGCGACCAUAUCCUGGUAAAUCUUUGGACUGUGUAGCAAAAAAAGUAUUCAUUUACAGAUUAUCAAGAGCUAGAAGGACAAUUGAAAAUACAUUUGGCAUCAUGGUUUCCAAGUGGAGAAUCUUGAAAACUGCUAUUGUUGCUGAGCCAAACAACGUGGUCAAAUUGGCUAAAGCUAUAUGUGUCCUUCACAACUUUCUGCGAAAGCAAUCUGCAGCAAGUUACACACCUCCUGGCUCGACAGAUACAGUGGAUGAAAAUGGCCAAAUAAAUGAAGGGAGUUGGAGAGCUGAGAUGGAAAAAGCUACUCUUCAACCCAUUGCUCAGAGCUCUGGAAACCAAACAUAA